AUGUCUUCCACCACCCACAACCACAUCCACGAAAACAACCACCACAACGGUUCUCACGUAGCCAAAAAACCCAACCUUUCCACCUCCGUUAUAACUGCGUCGGAAAUCAAAUCCGAAUUCGCCCACCACGACGCCUCCGUCGCGCGUAUCAACAACGGCAGCUUCGGCUGCUGCCCCGCCUCCAUCCGCGCUGCGCAGCACCGCUGGCAGCUCCAGUACCUCCGCCAGCCUGACCACUUUUACUUCAAUGAGCUCAAAACCGGCAUCCUCCAAUCUCGAACCCUAAUCAAGGACCUCGUCAACGCCGACCACGUCGACGAGAUCUCUAUCGUCGACAACGCCACCACCGCCGCCGCCAUUGUCCUCCAGCACACCGCAUGGAACUUCCGCGAAGGAAGGUUUCAGAAAGGCGACGUUGUCCUCAUGCUCCACUACGCGUACGGCGCCGUUAAGAAAUCCAUGGAAGCGUACGUCACACGCGCCGGAGGUAACGUUGUCGAGGUUCCCCUCCCUUUCCCCGUAAACUCCAAUGACGAGAUCGUUUCUGAGUUUAGGAAGGCAUUGGAGAGAGGAAAUAGUAACGGAAAAAGGGUUAGGUUAGCGGUGAUUGAUCACGUCACUUCCAUGCCGUGUGUGGUUAUUCCUGUUAAGGAGUUGAUUCAGAUUUGCAGGGAGGAAGGGGUGGACCAGGUUUUUGUCGACGCUGCACAUUCCAUUGGGUGCACUGAUGUUGAUAUGAAGGAAAUUGGUGCUGAUUUUUACACUAGUAAUUUGCAUAAGUGGUUCUUUUGUCCUCCUUCAAUUGCGUUUUUGUAUACUCGUAGGAACCUUAAGGGUUCUGUUUCUGGUUCUGAUUUGCAUCACCCUGUGGUGUCUCAUGAGUAUGGCAAUGGCUUGGCUGUGGAGAGUGCUUGGAUUGGAACCAGGGAUUAUAGUGCUCAGUUGGUUGUUCCUGCCGCGGUGGAGUUUGUUAACCGGUUUGAAGGAGGUAUUGAGGGGAUCAAGAAGAGGAAUCAUGAGGCUGUUAUGGAGAUGGGGGAGAUGCUGGCGAAGGCUUGGGGGACUCAUCUCGGGAGUCCGGCGGAUAUGUGUGCUAGCAUGGUUAUGGUUGGCUUGCCUCCUUGUUUGGGGAUUGGAAGCGAUUCUGAUGCUCUCAAGUUGAGGACACAUUUGAGGGAUGCUUUUGCGGUUGAGGUUCCGUUAUAUUAUCGGCCGCCAAGAGAAGGGGAAGUUGGGGUGGUUACUGGGUAUGCGAGAAUUUCUCAUCAAGUGUAUAACAAAGUUGAUGACUAUUACAAGUUCAGGGACGCCGUUAACCAACUUGUGCAAAAUGGGUUCACUUGUGCUGAUCUUUCGGAUUGA